GGAAACAGAAAAUGAGAAAAGAAGCAGUUUUAGUGCCAAUAAAUUCCUCUAAUCAAAUUUGUUCACAUCUUCAUGACUUCCUGUUCUAUAUAUGAUAAACAAACCACCAAAAGAGCAGUUGUAUGAUCAAUUCCAAGCUUUUAGCCAUGGCAACAGAUAUGAUCACCAAUAUCUCCCUUCCAACAACUUCUACUAUUACUGAAGAUCCAAUCUCCUUUAUCUACAUUUGUGCUGCAACAGCUUUGAUUGUCACAGUUUUGUAUUUUAUUUUCAUAUCAAAUACUGUUUACCUCAUCGAUUUCACCUGUUAUCUGCCACCUGAUCACUUGCGAGCUCCGCUCUCCACUUUCAUGGAACAUUUCCAUGAUAGCAAUCAAUUUGGUGAAGAAACCCUCAAUUUUAUCGAGAAAGUUUUGGAAAGAUCAGGCGUUGGAGGCGAAUCUUGCUUGCCUAUUUCGGUGCAUGAGAUACCGCCUGCUAGUUCUUUGAACCGAAGCCAGGAGGAGACUGAAGAGAUUCUAUUCACAGUUGUCGAUCAUCUUCUCUCAAAACACAAAAUCAAUCCUAAAAGCAUUGAUAUUCUUGUAUCAAACUGUAGCAUUUUCUGUCCUACUCCAUCCAUUACAGCAAUGGUGAUAAACAGGUUUGGAUUCAGAAGCAACAUAAAGAGUAUCAGUCUAAGCGGCAUGGGAUGCAGCGCUGGAAUCUUGUCGAUAAGCUUGGUGAAAGAUCUUCUCAAAGUUCAUAAGAACUCAUUAGCUUUAGUUCUCAGCAUGGAAGCUAUAUCUCCCAAUGGUUAUAGGGGUACUGUUAAGUCUAUGCUCAUCCCCAACACUCUUUUCCGCAUGGGUGGAGCUGCUAUAAUACUAUCAAACAGAAAGCAAGACAAGCAGAAAGCAAAAUACAAGCUCCAGCACCUUAUUCGAACGCACCUGGGAUCCGAUGACCAAGCACAUUGCUCUGUUAUCGAACAAGCGGACCAAGAUGGGAAUGUAGGAGUGUCACUGUCAAAGGCACUUCUACAUGUAGCAGCCAGAGCUCUGAGGACAAACAUGACUGAACUAGGGCCACUUGUGUUACCAUACUCUGAACAGAUCCAAUAUGUUUGGUCACUUAUUCGCCGGGGAAUUUGGUCUUCAGCAAGCAAGAAAGAAUAUGUGCCGAACUUCAAAAAGGCUUUCGAGCAUUUCUGCAUACAUGCGGGAGGAAGGGCGGUGAUUGAUGCUGUGGAGGAGAAUCUAAGGCUCCACGAAGAAGAUGGGGAAGCUUCAAGGAUGACAUUAUACAGAUUCGGCAACACUUCAUCUUCUUCCAUUUGGUAUGAGCUUUCUUACCUGGAAGCAAAAGGAAGGGUGAAAAAGGGAAACCGGGUCUGGCAAAUUGCAUUUGGCAGUGGCUUCAAGUGUAACAGUGCAGUUUGGAAAUGCGUAUCAUCCUUCCAUUCAAAUGUAGGAAAUGUAUGGUCAGACAGAAUCCAUUUGUAUCCUGUUAAGAUCCCAAGUGUGGCUGACCAUUGAAAUCAAGUAGAAGCAAACAUAUGCAGAUGUAUC